AUGUCUCCUACAGGGAGCGUCACUCUCCGGCUGCUCCAUACUUCUACCUUCCAAAACAGCUCGUUUGUGGACACAGAAGGGCUGGGCUUCUUGGAAGACAUUGAGGUUGCUUCUCUUGAUAAACACAACUGGAACAUCCGCUUCUACCAGCCCUGGGUGCAUGCAGCCCUGCCCCGUGGUGACUGGAAAGCCCUCGAGGACAUGAUCAAGAUCUAUUUGCAUAAAUUCACCCACCUGAUCAAUGAGGGUGCCACAGAGAACGGUGUGCCCUACCCCUUCGUGGCCCAAUGUAGGGCAGGCUGCGAAAUCUACCCCAACAGGACCUCCCGGGCCUUCAUCUAUGCAGCUUACAAUGGCCAAGACCUCCUCAGCUUCGAUCUAGACAAUCACACCUGGAUCCCCUCCCAAGACACCAACAUAUCGCAGUACGUCCUGGAUGUGCUGCAGAACUACACUGCCCUGAGCGAGAUGCUGGAGGUGCUCUUCAAUGAGAGCUGCAUCGAUGACCUGCAGGUGAUGAUGCACUAUGGGCAGGCAGCUCUGGAGAGACAAGAACUGCCCGUGGCUACAGUCUUUGCCCGCACGCCCAGCCCAGCCCAGCUGCUGCUGGUUUGCCGCGUCACCGGCUUCUACCCACGGCCCAUCAGCGUGGCCUGGCUGCGCGAUGGCCAGGAGGUGCCACCGGGCCCAGCGCUCAGCACCAGCAGCAUCCUGCCCAACGCCGACCUCACCUACCAGCUGCGCAGCAUCCUGGCCGUCACCCCCCGCGACGGGCACAGCUACGCCUGCCGCGUGCGCCAUCGCAGCCUGGGCACCCGCAGCCUCCUCGUCCCCUGGGGGCACUCAGAGGUGGUGCUGAUUGCAGGGCUCGGGGCCGGGCUGCUGGCAGCUGUGGCCAUGGCUGUCAUCGUGGUGCUCUGGGUGCGGAGACGCAGGUGAGGUCCUUUCUGUCCCU